UUCUACUGGAACAGAUGUGGGAACCUCAGUAAACCCUGUGAGGAUUAUAUGAAGAAGAUCGAAUGCUUCUAUCAGUGCUCCCCGCUGACCGCGCACUGGGGUCACCCCAACAUCUCCGUCGCCAUCCAGAGCGUGCCGCUGUGCCGGACCUUCUGUGACGGCUGGUUUGAAGCGUGCCGGUCAGAUCUGGUCUGUGUUCACAACUUCCUCACCGAUUGGACGUAUGAUGAGAGCGGAAACCAUUGUAAGAAUGACUGUGUCCCCUUCGACAAGAUGUUCGUGAACGGGACGAAUUUGUGUGAAAGUUCCUGGGGGUCCUCGUUCGUGGUCAGCACUUCUCCGUGUCGGUGUCUGGACAUGACGGAGACAGACGCCAAGGUCAUCACAUACAUACUGGAGGGCGAGCACUCAGAGGAGAGUGGAGAGGAACAGGCCUGUAAGCCCCGCCUACAGGACCCUCCUGGCAAAAAGGGCCCCGACCAGGAUGAUGACUGA